AUGGGAUCGGAGGCAGACUCUACACAGGGCGGCAGCCAAGCAGCGGCUGCUCCCAAUCCCUUCAAUUUCCAGACGCAGGUGAUAUCGACAACCCCUGUCAAAUCGAACGUCGGCCAGCGUCGCGGGCACCGGUAUAAGCAUAGCAGCGUGUCGGCCCAGCAUCAAAUCUUCCAAGAGCCGCCUCCAAGACCGCCUCCCGUCCUCCCCGCAUCGCUCCCCACGCCCACCUUAAAAGAGGCCUGGAAGAGCUUACAACGAGACCAGCGCAUGCGUCUCUACUGGGGCCUGUGCCAUGUCGCCAUUGCCAUGUUCAUAUUCUACAGGUCGGGGGGCUCUCUUGCUGCCAUGGCCUUGUCUCACCUCGUCUUCUUCGACGCGGGCAGCGCUGCUGUUUGCGUGGUGGUCGACGUGCUAGGCAAUUUCGAAGUGUGGCGUCGCAGCAGCAUUAGACACCCCUUUGGCCUUGAACGAGCAGAGAUCCUUGCGGGCUUCGCUAUGUCUAUUUUCCUCCUGUUUGGAGGGUUCGACCUGCUCUCACACAAUCUAAAACACAUCCUCGAGUCGGUUGGAGACCACGAGGCUCACCACGAACAUGAACAUGCUCACGACCAUGUCUCCUCCAACUCUCUUGAUCUUGUGUCAGCUGCUGCAAUUGCGAGUACACUUGUGUCCGCUUACGGGUUGAAAAAUCAUGCUCGGAUUGCCAAGGUCAUGAGAGUUUCAUAUCUGGCUACCCUGCCCAGCAUACUCUCCAACCCUUUCCACUUUUUCACCCUCUUCUUCUCCGCCCUAAUUGCUUUGUUGCCCUUGCUAUCUAUUUCCUUGUACGACUGGCUCGACCGGCUGAUCUGCGCCGUUAUUUCUCUUGCAAUGUUCAGUUUGGGCAUGCGUGUUGCUGUUGCCCAGGGACUAAUGCUCCUCAUGUCUUAUGGCGGCAACAGAGGCGAUGUUGGUGUCACAGCCGUUCUCCGUGAAAUCGAAUCCGAAUCAGGUAUUGCUCGCAUAGACGGUGCCCAAUUCUGGCAAGUCCACUAUGGCUUGUGCAUGGCCAACUUGAAAGUCAUCAUUACGAAUGGAUAUGAUGAACUGGCACUGGGAAAGCUGCGCAAUCGGAUAUCAACUUUGAUACAGAAUAGAUUAGGGGAAGGCUAUGGCAACGGAGGCAAUGUGAGGUGGGAAGUGACUCUAGAAACGACUGUUGAUGCUACGAUUUGAAAGAUUAUUGCAUGGUGAAUCCACUGAGUUAUACUCUGCAAACGAAAUGGUUGAGUUGCGUCGACGCAUAUACAUAUACAUAUAUACAUAUUUGAUAAAUCAAUAGACUGUAAUUCAGAUCUAAUCCUAAAACUCUUUCCUUUUCCCUCUUUCUUUUCCUUUUCUCAUUGCGUAACUGUCAUUCAUGUCUUCAUAGGGGAUGGUCAUAGCGCUUUAUACACGGGAACGUAAACAAAGGGACUUUGCAGAUGAAGAGUAAACAUGACUUAGUGGAGAACUAUCAUCACCACACAUCCAACCUCAUAUAGCCGAACAUGGUAUACAAUAGCUAACAUGUGCAGAAUGCCUGCAAUCUGGGUCUUGUGAUGAUUGGCUCAGAAGAGCCCCCAUCGUCCACGGUCCUUGUUAGCUCCUCCUCUUCUUGAAUUCGUUCCAUGGUCUCUGUCUCUUCCUUCUAAUUGCCGGAGACUAUCCAUUUUCUCGAGGACCAAUUCCAAUAGCUCUUUCCUCCGGAUGACAUCGAGGUGGCGACGGAUCUUAGGAUCUUCCUUGGCGAACUUCUCAACCUCCUCUGCGGAUAGAUGCCGUCCGAGACGAAGAUCUAGCUCUCGUGGGAAAUUGUAGUAAAACUCUGACAGUAAUUCUACGUUGAGGAAGAGAACAGCUGUGGAAGCCAACUUUGUAGCUGCGGCGUCCAAAAAGACUUCCGGGCAAUAAUAUUUGUUUUUAGGAUUGUUGCACUGCUUCGAUUUGACGGCCAGCAUUCGCAUCUUGAUAAGGUCGGCUCUGUCUCGAAGAAAGAUAGCCUCUCUCCCU